GCUGCUCGUUCAACGACUUGGACCUUCUGGGCGCAACCGGCCCUGCAGUCGCGCAUGCCACUACGAUAGUGAUGGGCGGCAAGAAGGGCUGGCCGGGUGUCAAGGAUUGGACAGGUCCGACCAUUGAAGGCGGCGAGAUUCUAGUCUUCAAGUGGGACAGUGGCCUCUUUGGGCGCAAGCACAGCGUCACUAUCCCUGGCAACGCGAGUUCGUUCACCACGUGCAAUACCAAGGACGUUGGCACUUGGAUAGCGAAGCCCGCGACCAAGGCAAAAAAGUCGUACACGCUUGCACAUCCAGCUAUGUUUUUCAGCACUGUUGGAAAGGACUGUGCCAAGCGUGGGAUCAAGUGGUCGCCACCAUUGGCUGGUUGA